AUGUCAAACGGAGCUUCCAGCGGCACCGCAUUCUUGAUGGGUCCGGCAACCGACACCGUGAUACCUGAGAAAGCCGCCGAGAUCAAGCCGAAGGCGAAGAAAAAGUCCCUCUACCAGCGUUAUGUCGACGCCAAACGCGGUCGCAAUGUUCAAAUCUCUGAGGCGGACUUGUUGAAGUACACAGGGAAGACCAAGGACGAACUUCAAGCGUGGGCCAAGGAUCGGCCGGGAGUUGCGGGGAACCAGCCUGCUGGUAAGCUUGCGAUGGGAUCAUCGACGGGUCUGGGCGGCAUGGGGGCCGCUGAAGGAUACGGCGGAUGGGGACCAAGUGCGGAAGCGAAGCUGAAGUUUCCACCAAAGGCUCAACAAGAAGCACAGGAAGGAAAGUAA